ACGUAAGUGGAUAAAAAAGAAAAGGAAACAUUAAAAAUUUCUAACGAUACACGUGUUAGACGUGCAAAUGCAUUUCGGGUAAAUACCUAUAAAAACGAUUUUAUGAAAUUUUUCGUUUCACCGAAAUCAUAAUCAAAUAAUAAAAAAAUGGCAUACAUGUCGAAUGGUUAUUCGAUUAUACUCGUAGUAAAGGAAUAGAUAGAUAAGAUAUUGGCGAGUAAAUUAUCAAGGAGAAACAGUUGUUCUCGACGACAGCGAAUACCGAGAGGAACAUCGAUUGUUAUUAGCAUCAGUUUACUAACCAAAUAACUUUAUUAACGUGUCGAGCUACAAGCUUUGAAAAAUUGAGAGAGGGAAAACGUGUUAGUUACCCGAGAACGUUGCAUCGGAUUUUGGUUGUGCGCGUGAUCCGAUACGCGUAACAUUAUUUUACUCCUUUUCAUUUUUACUUUUUUUUUAUUCUUUUUUUUUUUUGUUACGUUCGCUCCUUCGCGUUCGAACUUAUUUCAUUAAUUCCAGUCCAUUAUAUUUCCACUUUUCGUUUCUUUUACGUUGUUCUUUUUCUGAUAAUUGGUCAUUAACCGAUGGCGAAGAAGAAGAUCGAAUUCUAUAUGUAAAUUUUCGUAAACACGUGUCUGGAAUAAUUUCCUAAUUUUUCCUUUCGAUUCAAUUUCGUUUUUUAGCCGGUAACCUUGGCACUUAGCACUCUUACGAAAUAUCUCGGAACAAGGGUCGUUAUGGAGUUACUUCGGAAAGUAGUACGAAUACAUAACUGGUCGUAGAAAUGACCAGUUCACGUUUUACAUUCUCCCACCAGGAAAAAAAAUAUUUUCAGGCGUUAUUAUACAUACUUGGUCGUUGUUCGAACAAGUUGCGUUUGACCGAAUAAAGUUAGCGAACACGGCUGUUUACGGUAAAAAGUGAUUUAAAAAUUUCAACGGUCAUCAUUCGACAAAUAUUAAUGGCUGAUCAUAACGAGAGACGCGUCUUUUUCUCUCUUCCGAACAAUACAAGGUAAUAAGAAAUUAUUUUCGGUUCCUAUUCGUGUAAAUUGUUGAUACCUAAAGGAUUUUCUAUACAACGUAAUUGAAGUUUAAUUAAUUUGUAAGCGAUGAAAUUAGGUGAAAUUCAUAAGAAUUUUAAACGCAAGGAAGAAGGUUCGCGAGAGUUUCUUUCAAAGCCACGAAUUUUCUGUUAAUUUUGAUCGUUUUAAUUGGAACAAAAGAAAGAAAGGAAAGAGGGAAAUAAAAAAGGAAGCGAGCAACCAGGAGGAUAACGUUAAAUUUCACACAUUUCCCUUCAACAUUUGUACGAGUUGUAAUUGUCCUUAGACGUUCAGCUAAAUUGUACAUAUGUAUGUGCAUAGGUGAUGAAGUACACGAUAAUGUACACUGAGGUCACAUAUAUUAUCGGUCGUUACAUUAUUUUUGAGAAAUUCAUGGCGCGCCGAAAUAGAAGAGCAAAAGUGGAAAUUUCAAGAACAAAGAGUUAAUUGAGUACGUAAACGACGAGGGAAAGGCGAGGGAUGAACAAAGAUAUAUCGAUAGACGUUUUAACGUGGCACUUCACCAGUAUUAAAAUGUGCGCGUAUACUAUCAAGAUCGCAAUCGUUACGCAUCACGUUCGGUUUCACGUUGGCGUUCAUUAAGCUACGGUAAGUAUUUUUCUGUCAUUCACAGAGAAAAGCCAAUUAAUCCGGUAUCUUCGUUGUGGCCGCGAUUAAGGUAUUACUUGGUAAACGUAACUGGUUAUUUUACUUUCGAUAGCCUAUUAAUCCUCGGCUUUACUCGAUAUCUGUUUCAACGCAAUCUCGACGUAGAACGGAGAUAAGCCGUCGCACUCCUCUAUGUAUAAUCGCAUUAGCGACAUUUUUUUACAAUGGAAAACAAACUAGACACACGAACGUAAAUUUCCGUAAUUUCCAAGCGUAAGAAAGGAAAAAAAAUAAAGAAAGAUAACAAUCGACUUGCCAUUAUUUUCUUAAUAUUCCGAAGGGAGAAGGAUCAGCCAUCAUUGGCUACAUAGUGGUUGGUUGGUCGAUUGGUCGAUCAAUUAAGUAGUUACUCCGACUAAACUGAAAUAAUCGAUUGAUUUUAUGAAGCGUUCGAAGAUAUCGUUGCCGCUGGAUCAUCGACUCGGGAUAUCUGUAAGGUGGCUGCUUAUCAGACCUGUUAAGCGUCGAUGCGUCGAUCUAUGAAGAGGUUGCUCGAUAACGCCGUUUAAUUAUUUUUCUUCGUUUCGAUCUUUGGUAUAUAUACUGAAGAGUGUUUUUUUCACGCGUUACAGGAGCAAAUGGAAAAAUAUAGGUAGAUAAAGGAAGAGACGAAAAUUAAUGAGAGGGAAAGUAAACACAAGAAAUAACUCGACAGAAAUAGAAUAGAAAAUAGCAUCGUCGUUAAACAUAUGUAUAAGCGUCGAAAGAGAAGCAAGUAGAUUAUUAGCAAAAGAAUAAGUGGACGAUGCGCGACGACGAGACAUCCUCUACUCCGCGCGAUAAAUCAUGCGUACGUUUGAUCGAUCUCGUCCUUCGAUCUUUCAACUAGCAGGAUGUAUUGCGUUUUACUAAGUACAUAUACCGAAACAAGUUACGUAAAGAGUAUCGUCAAAGGGAACAUUUUUGUAGCGAACUACGCGGUAUCCGUGAAAAUGGUAGUCACGCGGCAACAGGAACGUCCCUAAGUUUGACGAGCGUCGCUGCUCGUUAAAGUCUCUGACCAAAGUACCUUUGUUUCAUAUCUUUUGUUCGAUCAUAAUCGUCUUAACGGUAACCGGUAAGAAUCGAAAAUUGGUCCGUGACCUUCUUUCGUUCGUCGUCAUUUGCAUCUUUCUCGAAAAGUGGACUCUAGCGCGACUUAACAUUCAUCCGUUAUCCAUCCGAUCAUUCGUUUCGUCACUUCAGUUUAGAUUAUUUAAUUUCGUUUGUUACCAUUGUUAACAGCUUCGAACGAAAGAGGAGUGGACUGAAAGAGAAAGAAAGAACGAAAAAAAAAAGAACAGGUAAGGUAAAUUUAAAAAUCGGUUCGAACGUACUGUUAUACGUAUGCGCGUGGUAUAAUUUUCAAAGAAUCAAUCACCGUUUCGCGUAAUUCGACUAUCUUCUUCUAGGGUAUUUGGCGGUAAUCCCUUUCGAAAGAGAAAAAACGACGAUUUCGUUAAACUUUUAACAGAGAAACAAAUAACGAAUCGUAAAAUCGCGAACGUUGUCGAGAAAGAGAUAGAGGAAGAAGAGUAAACGGAGAAGGACAAGAGGAAGAAGAAGAAGAAGAAGAAGCAGAAGGUGAUUUUCGAAGGUCGCGAGAAAUCGAAGCCUAAAGAGUUAUCACACGAUAAUAUCGUAGUCUACUCGACCGUUGGUAAUCUGGUUUUAGUGUCGUAGCAGCGAGAGAAUAGCGGCGACGAGCCGCAAAGUAACCAAUUUUGUCGUCAACAAUUAAAUAAAUCGGUAACCAGCAACCAGUGCCAGUGAUCAACCGUGAUCGACGAAUCGAGGAAAUCGGUAAUAUCGCGAUUCGAAAAGUGGCCCGCUACGUUAAAAGCUACGAAGGAAGGUUGCGAACCGAUGAAAUUUGCCGAAAAUUUGAUGACAACUCGGAUCCUGAUCACAGAUAGAACAGCCACGAAAGGGAACAAAAGAGAAUGUCGAAGAAGCAAUGGAUGGUUCUGUUGAUGCUCUUUCUCACUUAUUUGUUAUUAGGUGCAUCCAUUUUUUACCAUAUCGAGAGCCGUCUAGAGAUCGAACGGAUGGAAAGAGCGAAGCAAGAACGCAUCGAGAUUAAUGCUUUGCUGCAUGAACAUUAUGUGCCGAACCGUAGGCACAAUUACGACGAAAUUCUCGGAAAAUUGACACAAUAUUGCGGCAAAUCGGUUUACAACUACACCGAAGGUGAAACCGAUCCUCUUAAAUGGGAUUUUUACAAUAGCUUUUAUUUCGCUUACACCGUUGUCAGCACAAUUGGUUAUGGAAACUUGGCUCCGACGAACAUGCUUUGCCGUAUUCUGAUGAUAUUUUACGGUCUAAUUGGCAUACCUAUGAAUGGAAUUUUAUUAACGCAAUUGGGAGAAUUUUUUGGCCGCGUAUUCGUGAAGGCGCACGAAAAAUACAAAUCUUACAAACAUGGACGCAACGAUUAUUUUCCCAAAAAAUUGACAACCUUUAAAACGCGUAAAGUGGGAUUAGCUGCUCAAAUAUUCGUACAUUUGAUGCCUGGAUUCGUUAUGUUCAUCUUUUUCCCGGCAUUUCUAUUCUCUCAUUACGAAGGUUGGAGUUACGACGAAGCAGUCUAUUACGCUUUCGUCACGCUGACAACCAUCGGUUUCGGAGAUUACGUAGCAGGACAGGAUAACAGCAAAGGAAACGGAAUUUUUUUUAUUCUCUAUAAAGCCUUCUUGAUCUGUUGGAUCUCUUUCGGAUUAGGAUACACCGUUAUGAUCAUGACAUUUAUCGCGCGAGGGAUGCGUAGUAAAAAAAUCACUAGGAUCGAACAUAAAUUGGCAAUAAACUUGAAGCAUACGCAAAGCAAAAUUUGGAACGAAUUAAACAAGGAAAUGAAUUAUUUGCGUCGCGUGUUUAACGAACUUCAAUUGUCGAAAGUGAAGAGAGUGUACGUCGACGAAUGCGAAUACGAAGUUCCGUUGUCAAAAUUUCCACGAAGCAACAGUUUCCCGGAUCUUCGAAAUUUGUUGUACGGCGAAAAAGAGGACGACGGAAUCUGUUACAAACCACGACGACGCGCCAACAGCGAAGUAGUACCGACGGUAAGGAGGGAGAAUUCUUUCGAACUAGUUCACGAUUCGACGUCUACGUUAACAAAGAAACGCUCGUUUACGUUACAGGAAGAUCAAAUAACUCGCGUCGUUUCUGAAACGGAUCUUCAAAGGAUCGACAAAACGGCAACGUUCGCGACUCACGCGAUGAUCCAACCAGCCGAAUUGCUCGCGAGAUUGGUGAACAUCCUCGGUUACAUACCACCUGCCACGGAAGAUACAACCGAUACUUACGAGAAAGAAUUGCCGACGGAAAAGGAGCCGAUGAACGCGUUCAACUCUACCGGUCACGGUGCAUGGACGAUCGGACACGAGAAAAUUCCUCGAUUUUUCAAGCCUCGUUCGAGAACAGCCAGCGAAAUUAGACUCCGCGAGACGAGGUAUCUCUCGGAUCGAAACGUCGAAAGGACUUGGUCGGGACCAACGGCAGCCAGAAAAAUGCAACAAUUGAUUAAAGAGCAAACGACCAACGAAUCGUCCAACAAAGAUCGCGGCUUUAUAGAAGGCAAGCUCUCGAAAUUUCGUAGCUUCGCGUUAGCGAAAUCCGUCCCGAAAGCGCUCAUCCCGUCCGGUUCUUAUAAGAAUUGGUUUUCUUCGAGUUUCGAGAAAAAACAUUCGGAAUCGGGAUUAACGAGCGGAAACGUCGAUAAACGGCGAGACUCGAGGAGUUCGGUCGUUUCCAAUUCUACCAGACACUAUUACACUCAUACCGGUGCCGCUAAUACCGUUCAAACGGAAAAUAGUAAUUUGCUCGAAGAAACCAGCGUAGCAGAUUUUCUAAGAGCCCUGACUAUUCUUCACGCGAGCGUCGCCAAUACCGAUAGUUGGACCGGCACCGUAAACGCCACCGCUAUCGAUAUCACCGACGACGAUCGUACUCGCCGAAAUCAACCUCGUCGGAAAAUGGGUACCGCUUCUUUGACGCCUCCGAAACUUCCGAGUCUUUUCACGUUAUUUUCGCCUAUUCAAUCAUCGAGUACGCGUCACGAUCAAGAAUCAAGCGUAAACGAUAAUAUAACGAACUCGAGAAGAAGCAGUUCCGCGUUCAUCGCGCCCACGGUAACCAAAUCGAGAAGAUUUUCUUUGCGACCUGUCACGACACCCAUCAGUCCGCCGACACCUCCGAAUAACGGUUCGCCAUCCUUAUCGAGGCCGCAACGAACAGCGAACGAAAACGGAGCAACGUUUUCCUUCGAAUCGUCCAAGAAACCUCUUAUUCCGAUGGAACAAGCGCCAGGUCUGUCAUCGCCGAUGAAAUCAUCCUUGGCCAGUCGUCGUUUCUCCUUGCGACCAACUACUACGAAUCAUGGAAUCUCAACGGGGAACGCUGUCGUCGGUAGUGCAACCAACACCAAAGUUUUACCUCGUUGGAAGGCUGGAAUGUUGCAACGACAAAUCGGACAAAUGAAUCUUCGACGUGCCAGAGCUUUCAGUCUUAGCGAUGUUCAGCCGGACGAUCCUAGGGGAAAAAUCGAAUCUUCCGCUUCGUCUUUCAAUAUGUAUAAAAGAAAUAUUCGCGACGCGACCCGAAAGAAUAUCUCUUCCCACGAAACAUCGAACACUGGAGAAAACGUUUCGAGAUUCGCCGAAAUCCCGAAUCAACUUUCGUCUUCGAUAAGUCGUCCGGAUAAACAAAAUUCAUUUUUACGAGAAACAAAUCGACUCGACGAUAAGAAAUUUCGAAUUAUCGAUCCGUAUCCGCGACCGACCUCGUUCAAAAUUUUAGACGAUAAGAUCGAUCGUUUCAACGAACCUACAUCUUUUUCUUCCUCUUCGUCGCAGCACGAUGAUAGUAUUUCUGUCGUGGAAUCCGGUCGAAAGCAGGUCGAAAAUACUAUGUCGUUGUUUGGACGUGUUCCCGACGCAACGGAAGCAACGCUGGUAGAAUUAAAAGUUCAGAAUCCCGAUUCUACCGAUAGCGGUCAGCGUUCCUUUUCCAAAAGCACGGCUAACGAUGAUUCCAUGGACAAUUCGACCGAUCUUACCGGACUCACGAUCGAAAAACAUCGAACGAAUUCGCGCGCGACCGAUUCCUGAUGACGACUCGUGCGUGAUACGAACAAUCACUUUCGCAAGUUUCGAUCGAACGAUGAACCUCUCAUACGCGUCGCAAUACUUUCGUACAGUCGUGUUAAACGUUUCAACAAAAACAUUGCCGGAAUCAAAUUCGGUAGAGCGUGUAUUCGUAAAUUCGUGUCAAGUCGAAAAGAAAAGUUUAACUUCACGAGAUUCGAAUAUCGCGUGCAAAAAGCAAACUUUCGUUCUACUUGCCAAAUUACCGACUACUCUUGUAAUCGUACACGGGUCGACGGACGAUCGAGUAGUAAUUAUUUCACGAUUCGAAGGAAUCGAAUCUCGUUAGAAUAUAACGAUAUAGUCGAUUCCCGAAAAAGGGAAAAGUAGUAAUAGUUUACGUAACGCGAGAAAUCGGAACACUAACAAUCGUUAUUGUUCUUCGACAUCGUACGGCGUACGCUAUACGCGUCGGUUUAGCGAUAUAGUCCGUUAAAAAUGAUCGUCGAUACGCUCAAGUAGUUAAAAAA